AUGGCUAAGAAAGCAGUGUUGAUAGGGUGCAACUAUCCAGGAACAAAGGCUGAGUUAAAAGGGUGCAUUAACGAUGUGUGGAGGAUGCAAGAAUGUCUCAUUCGUAAUUAUGGAUUUUUAGAUGAAGAUAUCACAGUUCUCAUUGACACAGAUCGUUCUUACACUCAACCUACCGGCAAGAACAUUCGAUUUGCCAUGUCUAGGUUGCUUCAAUCAGCUCAGCCCGGUGACGUGCUAUUCGUCCACUAUAGUGGUCAUGGCACACGUCUCCCGGCCGAGACCGGAGAUUACGAUGAUACUACUGGCUAUGAUGAGUGCAUUGUUCCCUCAGAUAUGAAUCUCAUUACUGUACAAUGUAAUGCAAUAAGCAUUUGA